CCCCUCUCCGCCUUUUGUUUUACUAUCACAGGGAGAGCAGAGAACAAUUUCCUGUUGACACCGGAAUAUUUAGAAAGUGCUGGGAAGGAGGAAAGGAGAAGGGGAGCCCCAGGCGUGGAAGUUUCCUCCUCGUCAGCUGAGCGCUGUCCCCUGAUGGGUGACUAGCACAAAGGCAGGCCCUGCUUGGAUGAAUGAUCCCCCAGAACAAAGUUUGGGGCCAGCUGGGUGACAGGAGAUCAGAUCCUGGGCUGCAUGUGUCAUCGGGGAUCAGGUGCAGCGGAUCGAAGGGCUGACAGCACAUUCACACACGGGGAUCUUUGUGUCUUGUGCAUGCUGCAGCACGGAUGGCACAGCCGGGCUUUGGACUAUGAGGAGCCCUGUGUUUAAGUACACAGCGAUCGGAGCUCGGCCUCGUCAUCUGUGCAGACAAGGAAUGUGAUUUUCUGACUGCUUGUACCCUAUGCUGUCUGCUGAUGGCUGAAGCCUGGCUGGAGGAAGAGGAGGAGGAGCUGAGAGACAGUGCUGGGAACAGAAGACACAGGAGGUCCAACCUGAACCAAGCUACAGAACGCCCAGAAAGAAAUAAACCAGAGCACCGAUUUCCUGGACAAGGACCUUUGUCAUCAAUACGAGCUGUCAUUAAAAGAACUUCCAGAACUACUGCACAGAGUGAACAGCAAAGAGAUAGAAGACGUCCUGAGAUCACCAUUGUUGCUGCUGAGCCCAUUGGUCCUGGAUCUUGGUUUCAUGGUGGUCCAACAGGGGGGCUAGGGUUUCCUCCUCCUCCCCCGCCUCAGUGGAGGCCCAGUGAUUCUCAUCAACCAGAGCAGCCCCCAUCCUAUGAGCAGGUCAUAAAAGAAAUCAACCAAGUUCAAGUAACCAUACCCACUGCUAAUGUUGAGCCUAGGAGGACAACAACGUGUGCUACACAGACAGACUUUCCGUUGGAAGAUGAUCGCCCUGGGCCCGUCAAUAAUGUAAUUAAUCAGCCUAUUCUCUGUGAUCAAGCCACAGUCACAGUUUUAGUGCAAAGAACAGAAAGGCCAGAGAGACCCCGGCAGCCAGUGCCAUUUGUGAAAAAUAAUGUCCAGGACAGUGGUCACCAGAUAGCAAUCAGUAACACUGCUGGGACCAGCACCCGACACGAAGACACAAAUGUCCCAAAUAUCACCCGAUAUCCAGUGCCAAGGCCAAGGACAAAACCAAAUCUUAAGCCUGUAGGAACCAAUCAUCUAAGUAUCUUUCAAGGAAACAGUGAGGUGUUCUUCCAGGCCACAGCUGAGGGAGAACUACCAUCCAGCCAGUCUUGUCCAGGUUUUGAUGAUAAUUUCCUAGAGGAAUUAUUUGAAAUGAACAAUAUGAGCCAUGAAAGAAGCCAAAACAGUAUUACGGCACGUAUUAAAGCGUUUGAGUCACAAGGUGAAAGCAUCGAAAACCCUCGAAGACCAGAAAUUGCGCCACGCUCCAUCAACACUAGGAGCUGUGUUCCUGGUAAGCCUUCUGUAGCUCCCAAACCAAUUCCUAAUAGGACAUCUGGGGAAUGGGAUCCAGGAAAAGACAACAAACCAAAAUGCAUACCAAGAGAAGGGCUUGUUCCAACCAGUCUAUUAGACCCUGGUGGUGUGACCAAACCAGAGCUGCCAAAGAAACCAAAGCCUAGUGUUGUAAAAAGCAGCAGCAGUGACAUACCUGAUGUACUCCUUGGAACCUCUUUGUCUGGAGUUAACAGUAAAGAGUCUGACAGGAUAAUCCCAGUUCCUGCCCCCAGGCCUAUGCUACCGAAGAAGACCUUGCAGACUGAUAAUUUGGUACCGGCAGGAGCCAAGCCACUGAUUCCUGCUCCAAAAUUCUCUCUAGCUACUCAAGCCAAAGCAUUUAAUUCAGUGGAAACUCCUGCAACCCGAGCACCUGCACAGGUCACACAAAGCAAGUCGCUGGGUCAAUUAGACCUGAUCAGCUUUGAUGAUGAUGUUUUACCUCCUGUGUUGCCAAGUCCAGAAGUUAUUAAUGAUUCGAAUGCAAAUUCUGAUCCAUUCCAGCUGUUUUCCAAGGACGAGCCUGAGAAGGAACAGCCAGGUCCUCCUGUUAUAUUAAGAAAGCCCACAGUCAUCCGGAUCUCCGGCAAACUAGGCAAAUCAUGUGAAGAACUUCAGGUUGCCCCACCACUUCCUGCAGAUAAACCUGUAGGUCUUUAUAAUAAAUCUGCUGCAAGAGUGCGUCCUACAGUUAGAAAGGAAUGGGAGACAUUCGAUAGUACAGAAGAGCAAUGGACGAAGCCAGUGCUACCUACAAGGCCAGCUGGUGUUAAAGUAAUGGAAACUGCACAGCAGCCUCCACUGAAAGGUCCCCCAGGUCGUCCACCACCUCCCAAACUUUCCAGAAAUGCCUCACAUCGAGAUGCCUUUCCUCGCUCAUCCUCUGAUGCAGGCCUUGGUGUAAAACAGAACACAUCUGGUAUCAGCAGAUCAAAGAGUCAAGCAUUAAAGAGACAGCAACCAGAUCUACCUCCUCGACCUAAACCUGGACAUCCUUUGUAUAAUAAAUACACGCUGCCUCUUCCUCAUGGAGUUGCAGAGAAGGAUAUUGUGUCCAGUAACCCUCGGGAGCUGUCCUGCAAGCGAGGAGACGUGUUGGUGAUGCUGGAACAGGCAGAUAACCAUCACAUCCAUUGCCAGAAAGGAGGUAUAACAGGGGAUGUUAAAGUGACCAACAUGAAGAUCAUUACACCCUUAGAAGACAGUAUGGAAAACCGAAAGAAAGAUGUGUUGCCUAGAAUGGAGGACAGCCAUACUCCUCAUGCACUGGUGCUACAUGAUUAUGCAGGAGAACAUGACGAUGACCUAAGCCUGAGCACAGGGGAGAUUGUAUACCUGCUGGAGAAGGUAGACAAGGAGUGGUACAGAGGAAAGUGUAAAGGAAACACUGGUACAUUUCCUGCCAAUCAUGUCAGAGUUGUGGUUGAUGUUCCAGAAAGAUUAAAUCCGAAGAGACACUCUUCAGCAUCUCUCAUAAAGGGCCCACAGUGUGUGGCACGAUUUGAAUUCAUAGGUGAUCAGAAAGAUGAACUGAGCUUCAGUGAAGGCGAUACAAUUGUCCUCAAAGAAUACAUUAAUGAGGAGUGGGCCAAAGGGGAGCUACGAGGACACACAGGGAUCUUUCCAAUCAAUUUUGUUGAAAUUAUAGAAGACUUACCAGCUAAGAUGUCAGAUGUUCGGGAUUCACAUAAGAUUAAAUUGCCUGGAUUAUCAUCACAGCAAAACCAGUUAUCCGGUGAUUGGUGUGAAGCACUGUAUGAUUUUGCUGCAGAGGCAGAUGAAGACCUGCCCUUCAAGAAAGGAGACAAGAUCCUGAUUGCAGAACGGCUAGACCUGGAGUGGUACAAAGGAAGACUGAAUGGCAGAGAAGGAAUUCUGCCAGCUGCGUUUGUACAGAUCUGCUCAGGACCAACAGCACGGCAAACUCAGGGAGGAAAACUUGGAAAGGCUCGGGCACUUUAUGACUUCUGUGGGGAGAAUGACGAUGAACUUUCAUUUAAGGUAGGCGACCUAAUCUCCUCGCUGGAAUCAGUGGAUGAUGACUGGAUGAGCGGUGAACUCAAUGGAAAGACAGGAAUUUUCCCAAAGAACUUUAUUCAGAGAUGUUAGCAGUAUGCAGCGGACAUUGCAUUGUACCCUCUCACAAAACAAACUAUCACCUUCGGUGCCAACUGAACUUUUUAUAUCUUAGGUAUAAUGUGUGAGAUUUUUGCACUAUGUUUUUGUUCCCUUUGUUCCCCUUUUUUAAUUUUAGAAAAGAACAUGUUUUGUUCUGGUCUCUGUAUGCGCUGUUUACCUGAUUGUUCUAUAGGAAUACAUCCUAUCGAGCCCACCAUGUUCAGUACAUAUCACAGGCCAUGUGGCAUUGCACACGGCUUAAUGGAGAAUGUCCCUUUUGAAGUCGCCAGGAAUCCCCGACCUGUCUUCUACCAUAAAGGAUCACUACAGGAUAAGGGUCUGGAAGGGAACUUGGCUAGGGUUACAGCUGACUAGCCUGGGGGAGGGCUGUGUAUAAUAUGCUUUUGUGUUUGUAUUUUUUUGUGUG